UCGGGGAUCGUGCUGCUGGCCGUGGGCGUCUGGGGCAGGGUGAGCCUGGCCGUCUACUUCUCCCUGCUGGAUGAGAAGGCCACCAACGUCCCCUUCGUCCUGGUGGGCGCUGGCACCGUCAUCAUCCUCUUGGGCACCUUCGGCUGCUUUGCCACCUGCCGCGGUAGCACCUGGAUGCUCAAGCUGUAUGCUAUGCUCCUGUCCCUCAUCUUCCUCAUCGUCCUGGUGGCUGCCGUCGUGGGGUUUGUCUUCAGGCAUGAG